GCGGAAGUGCGUCAUAUGUUGCUCAGCGCUCACGACGGAAGUAGUACCAGUAGUACAGAGUUUUCUUUCUGCUGCCGUGUGAUUAACGUAUUUCAGAUGUUGAGCAUGAAAGCGCAGGUGGAUGUGGUCUGCUGUAAAUCAGUAGGAACUGAUCUGUCCAUGCUGGAUAUUGAGGAUUUCAUCACAGAAAUCUGUCAGCUGAAGAAAGAGGUGGCUUCACUGGAGGCAAAGCUGAGAGAAAGAGGAGACAAACUGAACAGAGAGGAUGUGGAGCAGGUUUGGGUGCGUGAGACUGAUGGGACAGAAGCUCAGGAUUCAGUCUGGAGCGUCAGAGAUCAGAGAUCCAGAGACACACAGGACUCAGAGCUCAGCCUCACUUUACUCUGUUAUACUGAUGCUCAGGAUCAUGAAUCCACUGAUCAAACCUCUGACUGUAACGCUGGAGAACAGCAGAUGCUGCAGACGCCGCUGAAGAUGUGCUCCGUCAAACUGGUGGACUGCAGGAACCUGAUCGAGAGCAGAGGAGAAGAAACCAUCGCAGAGAAACAACAACAACACACUGAUGAGGAAGACGAGGAGGAUGAUGAGAAUAAUGGGGAUGGUGAUGAUGAAGAUGAAGAUUUCAUUCCUCCAGAUGUCAAUGGUGGCUCAUCUUCUGAUGAAGAUGAAGAAACACUCUCAACUUCAAAAGAGCAGCUGACGGCCAAGAGUUUCUCCUGCAGCACCUGUGGAAAAACACUGAGUUCAGAGAGUCAUUUAAAGAGACAUGAGAGAACACACACAGAACAGAAAGACUCAAGCUGUAAGAUAUGCAACAUCAGCUUUCCUACCGCAGAAGAGAGGAGACUUCAUUCAAAAGAGCACAGCGGGAAAAAGGAGUUUCACUGUGAACAAUGCGGGAAGGUUUUUUUCAAUCAUUCUAGUUUAAAAGUUCACUUGAAGACUCACGGUGAAAAGUCUUUCCACUGCAGUGAAUGUGACAAGUAUUUCAGCAAUAAAGGAAAUCUUGAUGUUCAUAAGCGAAUCCACACAGGAGAAAGACCGUACAAGUGUCCUCACUGCGAGAAAAGAUUCAGUUAUGGAUCUCUUUACAAGAGACAUGUGCGUUUGCACACCAAUGAGAGACCGUAUCAGUGCAGUGAAUGUGGGAAAACCUUUACAAACUCAAGCUCUCUAAAGUCACACCAGAAAAUCCAUUCUGAUGAGAAACCCUUUCAGUGCAAACACUGCGACAAACGAUUCCGUCAGAUUGCUAAUCUGAAUUGUCACGAGAGGAUUCACACCGGAGAGAAACCGUAUCUGUGCGCCCACUGCGGGAAGAGUUUUUCUGAUCCAACUCAUUUCAGGGAACAUAAGCGAAUCCACACUGGGGAAAAACCAUAUCACUGCAGCAUCUGUGGGAAGAGUUUCAAGCAAAACACUAACUUAAUAAAGCAUCAGAGGAUUCAUACUGGAGAAAGACAGUUUAAAUGCUCACAGUGUGAAAAGACGUUUGCUCGAUCAGACGUCCUUAAGGUCCAUCAGCGAGUUCAUACAGGAGAGAAACCUUACUCCUGCUCCAUCUGCGGCGAGAGAUUUGCUUAUUUAGGUAGUUUUCAGACCCACCAGAACAAACACACUAAAGAACAAACUGCUCCAGAAUCAUCAGAGUGACUUUUCAUGUCUUGGUCUGCCAGUAAAGGCUUUAUUUUGGCAGUUGCUUUCAUCAUUCAUACCAUGUGAUAUAUGACAGUAACAUCAUACAAAUGAUGAUUUAAAUGUAAAACAUGAACCAUAUAUUAUACAACAGCUGAACUGGAUUUCUGAGCAGAGUUUAGUCCAGGAUCACUGAGUGAUUUCACUCUUCGUACAGUAGGCUAUUCCACACCAGAGAGUGAGUCGCGUUAUUUGUCAUUUUAUUUUAUUUUUUCAUUUACUUUGGAAAUAUUUUCAUUUAUGGAGCCAAGAGCAUGAACUAUUGGUUACAAACUGAUCACUCAACAUUAACAGUUAAUAAAA